GCAAGCUUAGUCGAGAGGUGUUACUGUGUGUGUGUCGGUCCUUUUACGAGCUGUUGCUAAUAAUAAAUCCUCUCUGGAAAACACACAUUACGCAAGCAUAUACGAGACGAACACAGAGCACAGACUGAGACGUCGACUUGAUUGAGAAAUGAAGGGACUCGUGGUCUUACUCUCACUGUUUCUCUUCGCCAAAGCUGAAAGACAAGAUCUUUCAGGUAAAAUGUUCACAUUUCCCGUGGAGUCCAACACUCAUCACGUGGUCCUCAGUCCUGAGACGGAUAAGAUCUUCAGCACUCUUACUGUGUGUCUGCGUGCCUUCUCCGACAUUUCCAGAGCUCAGAGCCUUUUCUCACUUUCUCUGCCAUCGACGGCCAAUGGAUUUUUAAUUUUCAAGGCAAAGCAAGGGGUGUAUCUGUUAAGUAUAUUAGAUAAGGAGGAAAUGUUUUGGGGCUUGCAGGACGAAUCCAAUGCCUGGAAUUCAGUGUGCGCUACCUGGGACGCUAGCACAGGACUCGCUCAGCUGUGGGUCGAUGGAAUCCCGAGUUCACGAAAAGGAAUCAAGGCAGGAAGCUCUUUAGCUGGAGCUCCUAAAAUCAUUUUGGGUCAAGAGCAAGAUUCUUACGGUGGAAAUUUUGACACCGCCCAGUCGUUUGUAGGGAUGCUGACCGAUGUGCACAUGUGGGACUCUGUUCUGUCUCCUCAUCAGAUCGCAUAUUAUACAUAUGGUGGGACGUUUCAACCAGGCAAUGUUCUCAACUGGAACUCCUUAGAAUUCAGUAGUAAUGGGUACGUGGUCACUGAAAGUAAGGAAACUUCACAUAAAGCUGGUAGUGUUUAGACUCUAGAGUCAACUCAGACUAGAUGUCGUAUAAAAUCUGUUGUCUAGGAAUACUCUUUAUCGUAAGAUGAUACUAUUUCCACCCACGCACGUAUAUCGCGUGUCUUUUCGCCUUCUGUAAAGUUAAUAAAUUGUUGCCGGGGUGUGGACAGACACUGAAGUGUGAAUCUGUAAAAUAUUUAGAGAAUAAUAUUGUGUAGUAUUGUUAAAACUACUCUAAGGCUUUGUCCAGAAGACUUAUUGUCACACGAUUUUGCCGAGUCGUUUGAACCAGUAUUACGUUACGGGAUUACAUAUCUACAUUCAAUAAACAUUUCACUGCAAUCA